GGGUGUAAGAGGCGUGACUCGAGAUAAAGCUUAUCAAAUCCCGCUGUGGUCGAAUGCUCGAUUUGUCAGUGGUCGAGUAGUCGGCUAGUGCGAGCGAGUUGUCGUUACACCGUUAACUGAAAGAAUACCGCCUUGUAAAAAGACGAAAACCUCCUCCCGAGCAUGGAAACAUACGAGAGCGUUUUGCUCGUCAAGUCCGAGGUCUUCGUCUUCAAGAUACCGCCAAGGUCAACCAGCAGGGGUUAUCGGGCAGCCGAUUGGAACCUCCAGGAGCCCUCGUGGACAGGGCGGAUGCGGCUGGUAUCUCAAGGCGACACGGUAACCUUAAAGCUGGAGGACAAAGCGACGGGAGAGUUGUUCGCCAAAUGCCCGAUCGAACAAUAUCCAGGAAUAGCCGUGGAACCCGUAACCGACUCGUCCCGAUACUUUGUACUGAGAAUUCAGGACGACAACGGCAGGUCGGCCUUUAUCGGAGUCGGGUUCUCCGACAGGUCGGACAGUUUCGACCUGAACGUCGCGUUGCAGGAUCAUUUCAAGUGGCUUAAAAAUCGGGAGCAAAUAGAAAAGGAAAAGGAAAGGCCUAAGCAGGAGUUAGAUUUGAGGUUCAAGGAAGGAGAAACCAUUAAAAUAAACAUGAAGAUCACGAAGAAAGACGGCGCGGAAGUGGCCUCGAAGUCGAAGCAGCGCACAGGUGCGGGAGCGGGUCUCCCACCUCCCCCGGGAGGGGUAAAAAUCGCCCCGCCACCGGCGAGAACGCCCACGUCGUCUCCGGCGCACAAGCCGACGCAGGCCCAACCCGGUCAGCCGUUGACCGGCUCCGAGUGGGGUGAGUUCGCCAGCGCGUCUCGGUCCUCGCAGGUGACGGCUUCCGUCACCGCUCCCGCUGCCGCUUCCGCCGCCGCGACGACGACCAAUGCGAGCUGGGUACAGUUCUAAUGGUCGCGAACGAUCGUGCGCACAUUCGAUUGAACGUUGGCUAGCAGGGACCACGGGCCCGGUUACUCCGGGCGCGAGUAGAUGGGGCUCCGGCGAUCCGAGGAGCGCCAAGCGGCCCUCUUCCUUGUGCACGAUCUCGGCGAGGUGAUUUCACCCGAUGCUCGUUCGGCCACGGCCCGAACCGUUCCAUUUUCCGUGAAGACUUCCACGCGUUAUUUUCGAACGUAAUCUAUGCCUCUAUAUUUUGGUAGUCUUUGCCGCGUUACCUUUCCACCGUUCCUCGCCUCGUCGGGACGCGUUCGCGGUCUCAUCGACCGACCCGGUCCUGGGUACUCUGCUCGUCUCCACGGGCGACGAAACCAACUUCCCGUCGGAAGCAAAACACUCCGUACCGUUUAGCCCGCGGUCGUUCCGGAUCUCUCGCGUGACUCCACGUGACUCCGCGUGACUCGAUCGAGCUCUUCGACGCUGCUCCGAGCUUGAAUUCCCAACACCGGGUGUACGUAUGUACAUACAAAUCACGUUCUAGAUUCCAUCGAUAAAACGGCAGUAUUACUCGUGCCUAUCGCGACAGUAUUUUCCAAGGUUGGAAGGUUGGAAGGAAAUGGCAGGACCCUCGUCCCUUUGGGUUCUUCGGCAGGGAACACCCGUAGCUUUCGACCUUCGUUUUGUACAUACCGGAGUCGAGGUGCUCGAGGUGCUCGAGGUGCUCGAGGUGCUCGAGGUGCCUCUACCGCUCGGUACAAGUCGCGUCGACGCUCGCCGAUUCGAGGGAAAGGCCUAAAUCGAGGUAUACGCUCGUGCGCGUCGCGUUUUGCAUUCCCCCUUUCGGCUCGUUUCCCGUGUCCCAUCCGACGCGGAGCUUCGAAUCGUCAAGUUAGGUUUUAGUUUAAGGUUGGUCGGUCGCUGUACGCGCGGGGCACUUUACCUCGAGAAGGGGUCGAUUAAGAUGAGGUUUGGAAUCGACGUCGAGUAGCAAUGGGAACGGUAGAUUUCGAAGCGUAGCUCGCGACUCACGAGGCGAGUGCAAAGAUCCCAAGGUUCGAUCGAGGUUACGGGACGCGCGGAGGAAGCCGCGGUCGGACUUGGUUCGGAUAUAGAUCUUCGACGAGAGUUACGAAUCGUCGAGUGGCGUCGCGACGCAGGACGGGGAGUCGGAAGAGAGAUCGAAUAGGUUAGGAGAGGCUAGGACUCCGACUAGCUCUCGGCUCGAUGUACAAAGUCUCUUCCCCGUUAGCUUUGGAUCGGGAAAUGUAUCCCGUACACCCAUAGUUCACGUGCUUUAUGUAACGAACCGGAUAAUAUUGUUACUUUAGGUCGUUAACGUUUCACCUAGCAAAAUAAAUCCAAGCCUAAGAAUAAACCUCGUUAACCCAA